GAGGGAGACAGGGAGGAGGGCUAAGUAUGUAUGUGACAGAGAGGAUGAAAAUGAGAUGGGGACAGAGAAGAGGGCUGUGUGCGUAAAAGAGAGGGAGAAAAAGAGGGAAAUAUAAGAGAGCUGUGUUUUAUAGAGGGAAGGAGAAAAAAAGAGAUUGAGGGAGGGCUGUUUUGAGGAUGUGCUUGAAAACAGAGGAGGGAGGAGGCAAAGGAGAGAACUGAGCUGAGAAAAAUCUGUCUGAUCCGCACACUGGUCUCUGCGAUAGAGGAGAGAGGGAGGAGGAGAAGAGAGGCGGAAGAGAAGAGAGGAUAGGAAGAAGAAGCGAGAGAACACAGGACUGCACAGGGAGACAGAUUCAUAUUGGAGACCUGGAGGAUCUAUCGACAGGGUUAGAGGUCAGGGACUAGGCAGACAUGAUGACAUCACAUGGAAAGCUGAGGAUGCAGAGAGGGAGUCUAUAUGAGUAUGACUCCCAGAUCAAAGACCUGCGGGCCCAGCUGUGUGACCAAAUGAAGGUUCUGGAUGGUCAGGUGGAGGUCAAAGGUCAACAGCUGUCUGACCUGUCUGAGUUCUUCCGUCGUCGUGGUGACAUUGAGGCGGAGUAUGCCCGUGCCCUCGACAAACUUACAGAGAGGUUCACCCUAAAGACCAAGAGGAAGGAGCAGAGUGGUCAAUCAGUGUCUCAGUGUUGGUCAGUUUUGUUGACUCAGACACGUGCAGAGAGCAGAGAACAUGCAGCGCUGAGUGACUCCUGCUCACACACACUCACACAGCGACUCACACACUGCUCAGAGGACACACACCGCCUGGCAAAACGGAGUAAGGAGGUGGGAGUUCAGAUGCAAGAUGAGCUACUGAAGGUCACCACUGAACUGCAGACGGCUCUGAGGACAUACCACCAGUACCAUACAGAGAGUCUGACAGCAGAGGGGAAACUAAAGGAAGCCACACGAUUGGAGGAGAGACAGACAGGGAAGUCAGCUGAACUGGGGAUAACCCAAUCAGGAGGCCAGCGGCGGAGCUCUGUGAAGAAGAUGGAGAAAAUGAUGGAAAAGAGACAUGGCAGAGUGCAGGAGACCCAGCUGAAGUGCACUAAGGCUCGUAAUGACUAUCUGCUGAAUCUGGCAGCUGCCAAUGCAACUAUGAACAAGUACUAUCUACAGGAUCUCAGCACACUCAUAGACUGUACUGACCUGGGGUUCCAUCUCUCCUUGGAGCGAGUGAUGAGGUCCUACCUAGCCAGCAGGGGGCGUGUCCUGAAGGCUGAGGAGGCCGGGCUGAAGCAGCUGGAACAGGAAGUGACAUCACUGGAUCAGGGCGGAGACAGAGACGCUCUCCUACAGAACCACGACACAGCAUUCUGUCUGCCCUUCCGCUUCAGUUACCAUCCUCACGAGGGAGACCAGGUGGGUGAGGUGAGUGCGGAGAGCCAGGUGAGGUAUGAGUUAGAGACCAGGUUCCAACAGCUCCAGUCCCGCCUUUCCACCGAAACCUUGGAAACAGAGGAGGUCAGUAAGACACUGAAAGCCACCCUCUCUGCGCUUUUGGACAACAUGUGUGACAGUGACAGUAACCCCCCCCCUGACUUGCCCAUCAGCCUAUCACACGACCCCAUGGGAACCGCGUCUGCCUCCAAGCUAGCCCUUGCCAAGCGGAGAGCCAAUCAGCAGGAAACAGAGACAUUCUACUUUACGAAAGUUAAGGAGUAUCUGAUUGGAAGCUCCCUGAUCUCCAAACUACAGGCUAAACAUGACCUGCUGCAGGAGGCCAUACAGAAAGCUAAGGCCGUUGAUAGCGACCCCUCCAGAAUGCAGUGUGCUAGGUCAGUGCGUGUGCGGAGGUCCAGACCCUGUUCCAUGUACAGCCACACUCUCUUCACCUCUGAUAUGCUGGGUUUCAUACAGAGUUCAGGGCAGCAGAUACCUGUGGUGGUUGAAAGCUGCAUUCGCUUUAUAAAUCUUCACGGUCUGCACCAUGAGGGGAUAUUCCGUGUUCCAGGGUCCCAGAGAGAGGUCAACCACAUCAGGGACGCUUUUGAGCGAGGAGAGGACCCUCUAGCAGACAGUGACUGUGACAUUGAUUCGGUGGCUGGUGUGUUGAAGCUGUACUUCAGAGGACUGGACCCGCCGUUGUUCCCUGAUGAAUACUACACAGAACUAUUGGACUGUGUCCAAAACGAGGGAUUGGCAGAGAAAGCAGCUCAGAUAAAGUCAGUUGUCUCCUCCUUCCCUCGACCUCUCCUUAUCGUCAUACGUUACCUCUUCGCUUUUCUCAACCAUGUGUCCCAGUACAGCGAUGAGAACAUGAUGCAGCCCUAUAACCUGGCUGUGUGUUUCGGGCCGAGCCUCCUGAGAGGGUCGGAUUCUGGUGAUGUUGUCGCUAGGCAACCACAGGUCAAUGACCUCGUCAAGACCAUGAUCCUCCAGUAUGAUGUCAUCUUCCCGUGCCAAUCAGAGCUGCCCGGGCCCGUGUACGAGAAGCACAUGACUCUGGAGCAGGAGUACUGUGAACCAAUCACAGAGGAGGGAGAUGGGGAGACUGAACAAUUCCACAUUGAGGAUGAGAUACCUCGUUCCGAACAUGCAAGUUUCAGAGUACAGAGGGUGGGGGCAAGAACACAAGAUGGUGGAUUAGGCACAGAGUCAGAGUGGGAGGCGGUGGCCAUGUUUGAUUACACCGCGCGGUCUGCUACUGAACUGUCCUUUAAGCAGGGGGAUCCACUCCUUCUGCACAGCAAGGCCUCUUCUGAUUGGUGGAGAGGGGAAGCGGGAGGAGUUAGGGGUCUCAUACCGCAUAAAUAUAUCAGUGUGUUGGAAGGAGCGGAGCGAGGGAGGAGGGAUGAGGUCAGUGGAGGAAGCACUGGAAACCUGGCUUCAGAAGAGCUUCAGACUGAGAACACGACCCGGCUGCGGGUGAACAGUGACAGUGCUUCGUUGCCUGGACGGCAGAGGGCAGCGGAGGGCAGAGGCAGUCCCGUCCGAAAGAACCCCCUCUCCCCUGUGACACGUCAAAACACAGGGAAUCAGGAGCGUAGGCACACCUUGGACAGUGUGAGGCAGAGGGCAGGAGCCAUAGAGAGACAGACAGAUGGAGGAUCUAUUGAAAGGCCGGACAUCAGUAAACAGAUGAACUCUGUAUUCAAGGAGCUUCUCUCUCGCCAGCCGUCCCUACAUCCUGCUGCAACCCAGGCACCUCCCUCCUCUUCUUCCUCCCCCUCCUCCCUCCCUUCCUCCUCCUCUUCCUCUUCAUCCCUCUCCUCCUCUCUCCCUGGAGGCAGGAAGGUGGGGUUCAGCCUCAGGGGGCGGGCUCUCUUCAGACCAGCGGACCAAUAGGAGGACUGAAGCAGAAUUAUGAUAAUAAUGAUGAUUUAUUUUUCUGACAGGUUUGUGUGUGAUAUGAUAUUAGUGUGUGAUGAUGUUUGUGUGUGAUAUUGCUAGUCUUUUACACCUGUCUCAGUGCUGUCUAUCGUUCUCUAUUAGAACAAGGAUGGGUUUGGUUUCCAAUAACUCAGGGCUGGGGUAACUUACCUAUUUCUGUGGUAAAUUGUUUUUAAACUUGAUAAACACUCAUUUAAACCACUUAGUAAGAGUAUAACAACUUACUUCUUAAUUAUAAUAAUGGAAACUGGGUCCAAUAGCAUAUCCAAGAUGGCCUCCACACCAGAUCCUGGGAUGCUGGUUAAACUGUGAAAAUGAUUCUUUCCACCACUCUAGUAAUUCUAACUCUAUGGUCUGAGGGGCUUUGUUCACUCUAGUCAUUAUAUUUCUAUGGAUGCAACCCUCCUCCCUCUUCCCUGGACCACUGUUGAUGAUGUCACUGGAAUAGCUGUAUUAAAAUACUUCUGUGGUAAAAGGAAUAAAUAAUAAAUAUUAG